AUGGCCCUGAAAUUAGACAUGUCAAAAGCCUAUGAUAGAGUGAAGUGGAACUUUAUUGCUGCGGUGAUGGCUAAAAUGGGCUUCUGCCCCAUUUGGAUUAAAUGGAUUAUCACUUGCUUAGAUUCAGUUUCAUUUUCUUUCAAUAUCAAUGGUGACAAAAAAGGCUUUGUAGUUCCUUCUAGGGGCAUUAGACAAGGGGAACCCUUAUCCCCUUACCUUUUCAUUAUCUGUGCUGAAGGCCUCUCUAGUCUCUUUAACCAAGCCUUGGAAAACAAAAGAAUCUCUGGUCUGAAGCUGGCUAGGAACGCUCCAAGUCUGUGCCACCUUUUGUUUGCUGACGAUUCCUUGAUUUUUUGUAAAGCAAAUGUAGGUGAGAUAAAGGAAAUAAAGAGGAUCCUGAAAGUCUAUGAAACCGCAUCAGGACAACAAAUCAACUUGGAGAAAUCAACGGCCCUUUUCAGCAAGAACACAAACAGACAUGUGUCGGAAGACAUAAUGAGGGAGCUGGAGGGAAUCAAAGUAGUUGCUCAGGGUAAAUACUUGGGACUUCCCCUUGUUAUAGGACGGUCAAAAAAUCAGAUUAUGAGUUUCAUCCGGGAAAGUGUCAAAAAGAAAAUUCAAGGUUGGGAAGGAAGAUUGCUGAACCAAGCAGGAAAAGAAGUCCUCCUGAAGUCAGUAGCAAUGGCCAUGCCAGCUUAUACUAUGUCAGUUUUUAAAUUGCCAAAGGGAUUAUGCAAGGAGUUAAGUUCCAUCAUGGCAAACUACUGGUGGGGUAGCGAAGGCAACAAGAGGAAAAUCCAUUGGAUGAGCUGGUCCCAUUUGACAAAUAUCAAAGAAAGAGGAGGAUUGGGUUUUAGGGACCUCGAGGAUUUCAACAUGGCCUUACUAGCAAAGCAAGUUUGGAAGUUCAUUGCAAAACCAAACUUGCUUGUUAGUAAGAUCAUGAAAGCUAAAUAUUUUCCAAAUUCUUCUAUUUUACAGGUUACAAAGGCAGCAGGGGAUUCAUGGAUUUGGCAAAGUAUACACAGCUCUAUAGGCCUUAUAGAAGAGGGAAGUAGGCAGAAUGUGGGAAAUGGGGAAACAAUCAACAUCUGGGAGGAUAGAUGGGUUUCAAACUUGACAGGAGGUAAAAUUCAAUCAGCCAAACCUACCAACUGUGAAAUCAUCAAGGUGAAGCAGCUGAUCAAGGGACAACAGUGGGAUCCAAGUAUCAUAAAUAGGCUAUUUUUUGAAGAAGAGAGUGUAGCUAUUCAAAGCAUCCCUUUAAGCCUCUAUGAUGGCCGAGACAGAAUAAGAUGGAAUCUCACAAGGUCGGGGAUCUACUCAGUCAAGACAGGCUACUCUCUUUUAAAGGAAAUGGCAAAGAACCAUAGACCAAGCAAGUUGGAUCAGGGUGGACAAAGCACAGAGCCAAGUAAAGAAAUGAUCUGGAAAAGACUUUGGGGACUCAACUUGAAGCAUAAGAUUAAGCACUUCAUCUGGAAAUGCCUCAAUCAGACCCUUCCAACAAAUGAAGCAAUUGCCACACGGAUAGGGAAAGGAUGCAACGUUUGCCGAAAAUGUGGAGAAGAAGUAGAAACAAUUGAGCACUUAUUCUUUUUUUGCAGGAAUGUCCAGGAUAGCUGGAAGCUAUUCCCAAUUCAGUGGGAUGGAUGCCUCGAGCACCAGUGGAACUUCGGAAGAUGGUGGGGCAAAUUACAAGAGGCUGCUCACAGGAACCAGGGAUCAGGUCAUAUUGCCCUGACAGCAAACUUCCUGUGGCACUUAUGGAAGAGCAGGAACAAAGUCUGUUUCAAUUCAAAGGUUCAAGAAAGCCACCUGAUAGUCACCAGAGCUCAACAAGAAUGGCUUGAAUAUGAAGAGAUAGGGAAAGAAGAAAGGACUCAAAUCUUGGAUUCAAGCCCCACAAGUUUGACCAGGCUACCCACGGUGGAAGUCCCGGGAGCAAUGUGUGUGGCUACCUGUGGAGCUGUAGAUAGAACAAGGAAAAAGGCAGGAAUAGGAAUAGUAGUCAGAGAUAACAGUAGGAAGCUAACAGCAACAAAGGCGAUCCCUUUAACUUUCAGCGGAGAUAGGAUCUUAACAGAAGCUCUAGCAAUUCGUACAGGAUUGUUAUUUGCAAUGGAACAACAGUGGGCUUCUUUAGAGAUCCAAUCUGAAUGUAAAGCCUUGAUAGUUAGACUAAAUGAAGAAGCUGAAGAUGAAUCCCAGCUUGCAGUCAUCAUCAGAGAUAUAAAAGCAACUCAAAGCAUCCUUUUGGAAGUGUAA